AUUCUGUUAAAGCAGCAGAAAACAGACAGACAGGCUUCCUUUCUGGGGUCCCAUUGCUGGAGGACCUUCCUCUGGCCAGCCCUCCACCAUGGAUAUCUCAAUUCCCUCCCUCUCUUGGACCCUCAGCCUUCCACAGCACAAGCGGGAAUCCCCCGACUGUGGGGACCAGGGCUGUGUAGACCCCAGAGAAAAAGCAUGGAGCCCUUAUAGGGGAGGCCGGUCCCGGCUGUCUGGACCCCAGGCCCCCAGGCUGGCAGACCCAGGGCCAAGUGGCCCCCUAGACCCUGUCUCUUUCUCCAGAUGGCUGCUUUCUCCCACUGUCCUGGUCCCUGAUCCCUGGCACAGGCCCCAGUGAUGUCCCAGUUCACCCCCUGUGCCCCUCUGGCACUAGAACCCUGGCUGUGAGGUCCAGUCCGGGUGAUGGCAAGCUCGUGUGCUCCUCAAGGGGCCCCGUAGUUCCUCCUCCAGAGCUAUUCCUGGCCUGGGCGCCUCCCCGCCCUGCUGUCCCCCUGCCUGACCUGACCCCACAGCUGGGAAUCAUUUGCUGGGGGUGGGGCAGCCCCCGGCUAUAUAAGCCUGGACUUAGAUGUCCUAGCCACCUACCUGGAGGCCCAGACCCUCCCCUGCCCACCCCCGAGCACACCAGCCAGAUCAGCAGCCGGCCCAGCUAUGGCAGGAAAAGCCACCUCAGAGGCCCCUGCCUCUGGCCGAGACGAGACAGUGCCUGAGUCUGAGUCUGCCAAGGUGCCUACCACAGGGCCUUCCGGAGAAGCAGCAGCAUCAGAGUCCACUGGGGAGGAGCAGGCUCGGGAGCCCCAGGGGCCUGCUGCUCAGGCACCUGCCCCCACAGCCCCUGCACCCCCUGUAGCUCCUGCAGCUCCCGAAGCUUCUGCAGCCACUAAGCCUGCACCUGCAAGUGAAGAUGUCCCCAGCUCCCCGCUGCUGCUGACCGUCGUGGAUGUGAGCCACAACUCUGUGACUGUGAGCUGGGAGCCCCCGGAGAGGCUGGGGAGGCUGGGACUCCAGGGCUACGUGCUGGAGUUCUGCCAAGAGGGAGCCUCAGAGUGGGUGCCUGUGACUCCCCGGCCCAUGAUGGUGACCCAGCAGACCGUGCGGAACCUGGCUCUGGGAGACAAGUUCCUCUUGCGAGUGGCCGCAGUGAGCUCCGCCGGGGCCGGCCCACCGGCCCUGCUGGACCAGCCUGUCCAUAUCCAGGAGAUCAUCGAGGCCCCCAAGAUCCGUGUCCCCCGCCACCUUCGUCAGAUCUACGUCCGCCUGGUGGGAGAGUCUAUCAACCUGCAAAUUCCCUUCCAGGGGAAGCCCAAGCCUCAAGCCUCAUGGACUCACAAUGGCCAGGCCCUGGACAGCCAGCGAGUGAGUGUGCGCAGUGGGGACCAGGACUCCAUCCUCUUCAUCCGCUCGGCCCAGCGCUCCGACUCAGGCUGCUAUGAGCUCACUGUGCGGCUAGAAGGCCUGGAAGCCAAGGCCACCAUUGAUAUCCUGGUGAUUGAAAGGCCAGGACCCCCCAAGAGCAUCCGGGUACUGGAUGUCUGGGGAUGCAAUGCUGCCCUUGAGUGGACUCCACCCCAGGAUACAGGCAACACAGAGCUCCUAGGCUACACAGUGCAGAAGGCAGACAAAAAGACAGGGCAAUGGUUCACAGUGCUGGAGCGCUACCACCCGACCACCUGCACCAUCUCUGACCUCAUCAUUGGCAACUCGUACUCCUUCCGGGUCUUCUCAGAAAACCUGUGCGGCCUCAGCGAUUCAGCAACCGCCACCAAGGAGCUUGCACACAUCCGGAAGGCAGAUAUCACUGCCAAACCUCAAGGGUUUAUUGAGCGAGACUUCUCAGAAGCACCCUCAUUCACCCAGCCCCUGGCUGACCACACCUCCACCCCUGGCUACAGCACCCAGCUGUUCUGUAGUGUCCGAGCAUCACCCAAGCCCAAGAUCAUCUGGAUGAAAAACAACAUGGACAUCAAGGGCGACCCCAAGUACCGAGCCCUUUCUGAGCAAGGGAUCUGCACCCUGGAGAUCCGGAAACCCAGUCCCUUUGAUUCCGGCAUCUAUACCUGCAAGGCCGUCAAUGUGCUGGGGGAGGCAUCUGUGGAUUGCCGGCUGGAGGUCAAAGCCUCAGCCACACACUGAAGAGUGCCGGGAAUGGGAUGAGGAGACAGUGCUCAGCCCACACCCGGGCUCUGUUCUGGCAGGACCUGUUCUCUGCCAGGUCCUGCAGGCCUGAGAAGCCAGUCCUAAAAUGCAGCUCCACGGACACCCAAGACCUGCAUUUCCAUGGCAAUGGCUGAAGGAACCAUCCCUGGUACCUGCUGGCCUCCUGCCCCUAGAAGACGGAGCCUAGGACCCCAGAGUGGGCCUAGCAGGCCCUGGGCCAGGCCUCCUCCAAGGUGCCCAGAAGGUACAGAGGUCGGGCCACCCUGGAGACCUGUGCACCGGGUGAAAAGCACCCAAAUAAAGGUGUUGCAGCGGCA